AUGUUACCACCAGCUAGGAGUGCGAUCCAAAAGACGUUCCGGUACCAGCAGCAGAUGCAGCUGUACCACACAAUCCUCUCUCACGAUGGCGAUAGACGUCACCCGAAUAGCAUAUCCGCACGUCCUGUGAUCGAUACCCCAAAAAAUCUCUUACGUACCCUCCUUGAUGGUUACAAUCCUACAUUCCAUCGACAUCCAUUAGGACAUAGGGUGGAGGCCCUCAUCAAGUUGAACGUGCAUCAGCAGAUGUGUUACUAUGAUGGAAAGCUCUUCGGUGGAUACCUGACACUUCUCCUUGAUCAUAUUUUGGCGGAUUGCUGUCAGCCGAUCCCAGCAAUGACAGCCUAUCUCAACACUACAUUUUUACGUUCCGUUUCGCCUGGGGUGCCGAUUCGACUAAGUGCAUGGCCAGAAAAGAUUGAAGGCCGCAAAAUAUAUCUCACUGGGUCUAUUCAGGUCCCGGGAACUGGUAAUGGGGAGUUGAUCGAUGCGGUCAAAGCCAGCGCGUUAUUUAUCCGGCCCAGGUGUUAG